GCCGGGAGCGGAUGGCGGCGGCAGUAGCGGCCCCACUCGCCGCCGGGGGUGAGGAAGCGACGGCCACGACUUCCGGGCCAGGGUCUCCGGGUCUGUCUGGGAGCCGCAGUGCGGAGCGGGCCCUAGAGGAGGCCGUGGCCACCGGGACCCUGAACCUGUCUAACCGGCGCUUGAAGCACUUCCCCCGGGGCGCGGCCCGCAGCUACGACCUGUCAGACAUCACCCAGGCUGACCUGUCCCGGAACCGGUUUCCUGAGGUGCCUGAGGCAGCAUGCCAGCUGGUGUCCCUCGAGGGCCUAAGCCUCUACCACAACUGCCUGAGAUGCCUGAACCCUGCCUUGGGGAAUCUCACAGCCCUUACCUACCUCAACCUCAGCCGAAACCAGCUGUCAUCACUGCCACCCUACAUCUGCCAGCUGCCCCUGCGUGUGCUCAUUGUCAGCAACAACAAGCUGGGAACCCUGCCUCCCGACAUCAGUGCCUUGGGAAGCCUACGACAGCUUGAUGUGAGCAGCAAUGAGCUGCAGUCCCUUCCUGCAGAGCUGUGUAGCCUCUCUUCCCUGCGGGAUCUCAAUGUUCGGAGGAACCAGCUCGGCACUCUGCCUGAUGAGCUGGGGGACCUUCCUCUUGUCCGCUUGGAUUUCUCCUGUAAUCGCGUCUCCCGCAUCCCGGUCUCCUUCUGCCGUCUCAGGCACCUGCAGGUCAUUCUGUUGGACAGCAACCCCUUGCAAAGCCCACCUGCCCAGCAGAUCUGCCUGAAGGGGAAACUUCACAUCUUCAAGUACUUGUCAAUGGAGGCUGGGCGGCACAGAUCUGCACUGGGGGACCUGGCCCCUUCCCACCCCCCGAAUUUCAGUCCCUGCCCUGCUGAGGAUUUAUUUCCAGGACGUCCAUAUGAUGGCGGGCUGGACUCAGGCUUCCACAGUGUUGACAGUGGCAGCAAGAGGUGGUCUGGAAAUGAGUCAACAGAUGAAUUUUCGGAGCUGUCAUUCCGGAUUUCAGAGCUGGCCCGGGAACCUCGGGGGCCCAGAGAACGGAGGGAGGAUGGCUCUGCUGAUGGAGACCCUGAGCAGUUCGACUUCAUCGACAGCCACGUCCCUGGGGAGGAUGAAGAGCAAGGUGCUGCCGAGGAGCAGCGGCAACCUGAAUUAAGCCCUGUGGCAGUGGAUGGGGAGAGGGCACCAAGCAGCAGGCGGGAGGAGCCAGCCGGGGAGGAACGGCGGCGCCCAGACACCCUGCAGUUGUGGCAGGAGCGAGAGCGGCGGCAGCAGCAGCAGCAGCAGCAGAGUGGGCUGUGGGGGGCCCCCAGGAAGGACAGUUUUCUCAAGUUGGGGAUCAGGGCUACUGGAGGAAGUGCUGCUGCCUCGUCCACUCAGGCCACCUACAACGGCACACCUAAGUCCAAUGCCACUCAACUGGGAGCUUCCGGAGGUCAGGGAACUGCUGCUCCCACCUCCCAGGAGCCCCUUCCCAUAGCUGCACCAGCGACUACACCUGCUCCUCGGCCACUCGGCUCCAUUCAGAGACCAAACAGCUUCCUCUUCCGUUCCUCCUCUCAGAGUGGCUCAGGCCCUUCCUCACCAGACUCUGUCUUGAGACCUCGGCGAUCCCCCCAGGUUCCAGAUGAGAAGGAAUUAAUAGCUCAACUGCGCCAGGUUCUUGAGUCACGGCUGCAGCGGCCCCUGCCAGAGGACCUGACUGAGGCCCUGGCCAAUGGGGUGAUCCUCUGUCAGCUGGCCAACCAGCUGUGGCCCCGCUCUGUGCCCUUCAUCCAUGUGCCCUCACCUGCUGUGCCAAAACUCAGUGCUCUCAAGUCUAGGAAGAACGUGGAGAGUUUCUUAGAAGCCUGUCGAAAAAUGGGGGUGCCUGAGGCUGACCUGUGCUCGCCCUCGGAUCUCCUCCAGGGCACCGCCCAGGGGCUGCAGACCACGCUAGAGGCUGUGAAGCGGGUGGGGGGCAAGGCCCCCCCGCCCCCCUGGCCCCCCCCUGGUCUGGGAGGCUUCAUCUUCUUCUACGUGGUCGUCAUGCUGCUGCUCUAUGUCAUCUACACUCGGCUCCUGGGUACCUAGGACCCGAAGUCACCAAUCCCUCCAACUCCUUUCCCUCCUCCUAUUUCUAUUUAUAAGACUCCUGCUCAACCCUGUCCUCCCACCGGUGGUGCCUUCAGCCCCUACCAAAGACACUAGUGUACCCCCCUUCAUAAACACUGACCUCAGAGGCCCCACUCUGGUACCCCCAGACCCUGUGCUGCCAGCUUCUGGCUCCCCCAACUUUAGCACCUCACAUGUCCCUCACCCUCUCAGUGCUGAUGGUGCCUUCAUCCUUUUCCCGCCCCUGUCCCGCCCUCUGUUCCCCCAGAGGGGUGGCAGGAGGUUGAAUCUUUCCCUUCCUCUUGCACCCUCCCUCACCUGCCCUCCCCCCACUGGCUGCUAUGGGGCUAAAUUAUCUCUAUUUUGUAGAGAGAACUCUAUAUUUGUAGGGGAAGCAGGGGCCCAGGCUGAGUCCCUGUCUCUGUGUAUAAACUGUACAGACCAUG